GUUAAUUUACAUAACCACCAUAAUGGAACCACCGAGAAUUUUUCUCCGGCCGUUCAAUGUAUCAGACGCCGAAGACGUCUUUAAAUGGGCCAGUGACGAUGACGUCACACGUUACCUUCGUUGGGACUCAGUUAAGACCUUAGAGGAAGCCGAACAACACAUCUUGAACAAGGCCAUACCACACCCGUGGCGCCGUUCCAUAUCUCUCAUCCAAGAAGGUCGCUCGAUAGGUUACGUCUCUGUCAAGCCAGACUCUGGUGAUGGUCGUUGCCGGGCUGACCUCGCUUACGCCUUGGCUAAAGAGUUUUGGGGACGGGGGAUAGCCACGGCGGCUGUGAGGAUUGCGGUUGGACAAGCUUUUCAGGAUUUUCCUGUGGUGGUGAGGCUACAAGCGGUGGUGGAGGUUGAGAACAAAGCGUCUCAGAGGGUUUUGGAGAAAGCUGGGUUUCGAAAAGAGGGUUUGCUUGAGAAGUAUGGUUUUAGCAAAGGCAUGAUUAAAGACAUGUUUCUCUAUAGUUUCGUUAAAGAAUGACACAUAAGUUUAUGUGAUAAAGUGAUAAUUAACGGUAUAAUCCGGUUUUUACCGAGAUGAUACACAAUUAUAAGUCAAACAUUUGGUUUA